AAGAAAAAAAAAAAUGGAAUUUAUAUUUAAAAAAGAACGAAGGUCCUUUGGGGCUCGAGUUCAUUUCGAGGAUAAGGAUGAAGUGGUCUUUAGUGAGAAUUCUAAUCCGGAACUGGUUAAGAGUUUCAUUCUCAAGAAUCCUGUGGACCGCGUUACACAAUAUGCGGGCCAGACAUCACUCAGUGUGGCCAACACGGAGCGAGCCACCUACAAGAGCACUGGCAUAACCCACAAUGAGGGCGGAUGGCCCAAAGACAUUAAUAUGCAUGAUCCUGAGCAAACGGUGCGGUAUAAGCGAAAGAUCGAAAAGGACGAUAAUUAUAUAACACAAGUGAUGAAUCUAACUAAGCCCAUGGAACACUAUAUACAUCAAAAUAAUGCUGUCAAUAUCUAUGAGAAUUACUUUGAGAAUCUUGAUCCGGCUCCAUUGCCCGAGCCGUGCAAGUCGCGCACUGUGAACGUUUACCGUGAUCCCAAUCCGAUCAAAGUGCCCGUAAAGCAUUUGUCCUGGUCACCUGACGGUGGCAUCAAAAUGGCCGUUAGCCAUUGCGACAUGAAAUUCCAGGGGGAUAAGACGGGACAAAAGUGCAAUUCGUAUAUCUGGGAGGUGGAGAAUCCGAAUGAACCGUUCCUGACGCUAGAGCCUAAGGUUCCCUGCGUGUGUCUCGAGUACAACCAAAAGGAUCCAACCAGCUUGGUUAGUGGCAUGUAUAAUGGUCAGGUGGCAGCCUGGGACACGCGCCACGGCAAGCAUCCGGUCAUGAUAAGCGAACGGGAGGUGUGCCAUCGCGAUCCGGUCAACUCGGUAUUGUGGAACAACUCCAAAAGCGGCACCGAAUUCUUCUCGGGCGGUUCCGAUGGCCAGGUAUUGUGGUGGGACACACGAAAGCUUACAGAGCCACUCGACCGGCUGCUAAUGGAUCCGGUUAAAAGUGAUGAGCAGGAUUUGUCACGUUCUUACGGCAUCUCGGUCUUAGAGUAUGAGACGACGAUACCGACGAGAUUCAUGGCGGGCACCGAAAUGGGCAUGCUGUUCUCAUGCAAUCGGAAGGGUAAAACACCAACGGAGAAGAUCCAAAUACGGAUGAUGUGCCAUUUGGGACCAGUUUAUGCCAUCACCAGAAAUCCGGCUUUUGUCAAGAAUUUCCUCACCGUUGGCGAUUGGUGUGCCCGCAUUUGGUCUGAGGAUUGCCGUGAAAGUUCUAUAAUUUGGACCAAAAGUAGCAGUUCCAUGUUAACUGACGGAGCCUGGAGCUAUACCAAGGUCUCUCAGUUCUUUAUCACUCGGAUGGAUGGUGUCCUGGAUACCUGGGAUCUCUUACAGCAGCAAAACGAACCCGUUCUAACGGUCAAGGUGUGCGAUGAACCGUUAUAUUGCGUGCGAACUAAUGAGAAUGGCAAAUUCGUCAGCUGUGGCAGCAAAUUGGGUGCCACAUUUCUCAUCGAAGUAUCCGAUAAUAUGAUAAUGUCGGCUAAAAAUGAUAAACCUUUGCUGACAGCAAUGUUUGAGCGUGAAAACCGUCGUGAAAAGAUCUUGGAGGCCAAAUCACGUGAAAGCAAACUAAAGGUGAAGGCCAAUCAUGGCCAGGAACCAAACGACAUCACCAUGCUGAAUGGCAAAGUCAAUAUGGCACCAUUUGUCGGAGCCUGCGAGCAGGCGGCAAGUGAAUAUUUUGCAGCUGUGGAGCAGGAACGACUCCGUCGUCUACCUGGUGGCAAGCAGGAUGCGGAGGAGGUUGACGUCUCAGAGGCGGAUAGUGCAAAGCUAUAGGAAACGCAAACGUGUUGGCAUUUUGCAUUGUUAU